CGUGGUUCUACAUCGUGGUGGUACGCUCUAUGGUACAGCAAAAAGCAAAUGUCAGUUAUGACUGUCAAUACUGUCAUGUAAUUGUUUUUAGUUUAUACAUUGGAGCUUGCAGUUUUUGUUUAAGAUUAUACUGAGUUUAUGGGCUUGGUUUGUAGAUUUAUUUAUAGUAUCUGAUUGAUAAUAUUACUAAAAUGAUGCAAAAUAGAAUUGGUAAUUUACCAAUAGCAAACGAAAAUCCUUUGGGUCUUUCGUGGCACGACAGUGCGUGGAUACCUUUACUGAGUCCGUCUAACAUCAUGGACUAUUUUUCUGAGAGAUCCAAUCCUUUCUUUGACCGUACUUGUAACAAUGAAAUCGUUAAGAUGCAGCGUCUCAGUAUGGAUCAACUACAGAAUAUGACAGGACUGGAAUACAUAUUGCUUCAUGUGCAAGAUCCGAUCUUGUACGUAAUUCGUAAACAACAUAGACAUAGUCCCACUCAGGCCAUACCUCUAGCUGAUUACUACAUCAUAGCUGGAAUUGUGUACCAGGCACCUGAUCUAGCGAGUGUUCUCAACUCCAGACUGCUGUCUGCUGUGCACCACCUGCAGUGCUCAUUUGAAGAAACAAUGUCUUAUUCAAGGUAUCAUCCAAGCAAAGGAUACUGGUGGGAUUUCAAAGCAACUAAACCAGGUCUCAGCCCAUACAACAGCGGCCAGUCCUCAUCAAAGGAUGUGAGCAGCACUCCUAAAGAGGAACCAUCUACACUGUUCCAACGCCAGAGGGUAGACAUGUUGUUGGCAGAGCUUGUGAGACAGUUUCCAUUACCCGUUACGCAAGCUCCUAGCCAAACAAAUGGUGUCACUGUAAAGUCAGAGAACUCAAAUGAAAAGAAUGGUGAUAAAGCCCCAGAUGGCAAUGUCAACAAUAUCACUAUAAAACAAGAACCUGCAGACCCAAGUAGCUCAGACAUGACAAAUGGAAGUCUUCAAGGACAUGCUGAAAUCAAAACUGAAAUUAAACAAGAGAAUAUGAAACCACCACCAGAAAAGAAAUUGAGAUUAUAAAUCAUAAGAAUAUAGUUAAUUGAAUGUAAUAUUUUCAGUUAUUUAUAACUUAAUUAAUUUUCUUUUAAAAAAAAGAAAAUUAACUUUUUAUGUGAACCAAACCAUUAUCUAAAUGGAACCUGAUCAUCAAACUUGGAAUGGCCAUUUGUGUUGGCAUUGGUUCUGGAUCAUUGAAAGAAGCUAGUUUUCGGUAUAUUUUCCUUGCCUGGCAUACCAUGUAAUAAAACAUAGAAGAGAACCUCUUCCAACAUGAGAGACAUUCUACUGUGAAAUUGUAAACUAGAUGUCAAUAAAUCACACAGUGCAUGUAAAUACACUGCUUUAGAGAAUAAAUAAUAUAACAAAUUACACAUUA